AUGAAUAUGAUUGUUGAGGAAACAUUGCGCGCAGCUUUAGCCGACAACAUCGUAAAUCAAUUUAAAGUGACUGUUGAAGAUAUGCACAAUUACAUAGGUAUUUUGAUGUAUAUGUCUUUAUAUCGCUACCCGAACUUGAAAAGCUACUGGGGAAAAAACUCCUUUGCACCCGUUAAAAACUGCAUGACCAGAAGCAAAUUCGAAUCUAUAAAGAAAUACUUCUCACUGCGUGAUGAGAGCAAGCGGAUCAAGAAGGGUGAGUGUGGGUACGAUCCACUGUAUCGCUCGCGUACGCUUGGGGACUUACUUAACCAGAGGUUUGACUCCGUGCCAAAGCAAGCCCGUCUGUGCGUCGAUGAACAGAUGUGCAGCACAAAAAUGAAGCACCACUUGCGGCAAUAUAUGCCCAAUAAGCCUCAUAAAUGGGGUUUAAAGCUAUUUGUACUGUGCGAUUCUUUUGGCUAUGCCUACCGCUUCGAGAUUUACAGCGGCGCAGGAGAUAACGUAAUCUUGCCUGGUCACCCAGAUCUUGGUAGUUCGUAG